AUGGCAUAUGAUCGAUAUGUUGCCACCUGCAAUCCACUGCACUAUGAGAUGGCGAUGAAUUGGAAAGCCUGCAACAAAUUAGUGGUUCUGGUGUGGGUCACAAGUCUUUUACUUGGAAUGUUGCAUACCACUGGCACCUUUUCCACCCCUUUCUGUUGCAAUGUUAUCAACCAGUUUUUCUGUGAAAUUCCACAAUUGCUAAAGCUAUCUUGUUCUGGAGUCAGUCUAACUGAAGUUGGAUUUCUUGUGGCCAGUAUUGCUGCAGGAUUAGGUUGCUUUAUUUUUAUCAUUUUCUCUUACACUAUGAUCUUCAAGACAGUGUUGAGAAUCCCUUCUCUGAAAGGAAGGCAGAAGACCUUCUCCAAGUGUCUUCCCCACCUUAUACUAUGUUCAGUGUUUUUUGUCACAGUAUCCUUGGCCUAUCUGAGACCUCCUUCUAACACCCCAACUUACUUAGAUUUCACUUUAACUGCCCUAUAUUCUUUACUGCCACCCCUGUUCAAUCCAAUCAUCUAUAGCAUAAGAAAUAAGAAUAUCAUAUCUGUCCUGUCUAAAUUACGGAGAUUCUGA